AUGAUCAAAUCUCGCAGUCUCAACUUCCCAUGCUCACAAACGCAACGUAUCAGCUGUUCGGGCAGUGUUGAUGAAAUUAGAGCAUUGAUUCAUACGACACGAACCUCGCACUGGGAACCACCUUGGGCGUCAUGGAAAUGUCGAUUGGGAUUGCCGUACGGAUGGGAACAGGCAAAGGACGAUUCUGGAAACAUUUAUUUUAUAGACCACAUUAAUCGAACCACUACUUACUCGGACCCUCGAGAAUCUGCAGCUCCAGAAGGACCACGAACCGUAAAACUUCGGCGGCGGCCCGAAAUUGGCUUCGGUUUUGUGGCAGCCGGGCAGCAUCCGACAGUUAUUCAAUUUGUUUCGGCAGAAGGCCCCUCUGAUGGUUUGCUGUAUGCGAAUGAUCAAAUUCUCGCCGUGAAUGGUACGGACGUGCGACAGGAAACGAAAGAUAAUGUCGUCGCAAUGGUGCGGUCAGCUGAGGAUGAGCUCGAGCUAACUGUUGAACAGUUGCCUUUACGGCCGCGAUCUUCACGGCGGAGUUGUCGUGUACGUUUUACUGACCGUGUCCUUGUUGCUUCAGUUCCAGAUGCGGCAACCGACUUCCCUCCUCCGUUGCCUAAUGCCUUACGAGUCUACUUGGAAAACGGACAAACAAGGUCUUUCAAGUAUGACGAUACGACUACCGUCAGGGAUAUUCUGAACUCUAUUUUCUCUAAACUACAACUUCGAGCGAAGUCACAUUUUGCCCUAGCUAUGGAGUACUCGUUAGGAGCUCGAUCAAGUCGUGUUAGUUUGUUGAGGCCGGAUACAAAGAUAGAUGAGAUGAUCCGAAUGCCAAACUCUGAUCACAUUCGUUGUGUAUUUCGAUUUGCUUUCAUUCCUAAGGAUAUAGAAGCGUUAUGGCUUGAGGAUCCUCGUGCGCUGGAUUAUUACUAUCAACAGUGCACCGCUGACGUCGUACGGGGGCGAUAUGCGUUUGAGAUGAGAUACGAGGCCUGCAUUCGCUUGGCAGCCCUUCACAUGCAGCAAGUUGCCGUCGAAUCGCAUCUUCUUAAAGAGAACAACACCGUAUCGUUGACACGACUGGAGACCGAGUACGGGAUGAACUCAUUUUUGCCAUCGAUCUUGUUGGAGAACGUUAAGCGACGUGAAAUCCGAAAGCAUAUACGGUAUUACUUGAAAAGAGACAGCGCAAAGUUGAGCGAAAACUUAGCCAGGCAGGCGAAUUGUGGUGGCCUUCAGCAGUCUCUACUCUUAAUGCGGGUUACGGAUACAUCUGUAUCAUUACGUGUACGAUACUUGGAUCUGCUAGCACAUCUUCCCACAUUUGGUGGACGAGGAUUUUCUGUGACUUUUAAAGAAAGUCAAAUCGACAUGAUUAUGCAGAUUGAUCCCCGAGCAGGAUUGCUCGUCAGGCAUCCAGGAAAAACCGGUCGACCAACAAUAUCGAUAGACUAUGAUCUUAUCGACCAUCUUGUCGUACGACGAGAAUCAGAAAUUUCCUCGCUUAUCAGCAUUCGACUAAAGAGCAAUCCUGACCAGGGUCUUGAAUUCUUGGUGGACAAGGAUGAUAUCGACGAUUUGGUUGUGUACAUAUGCGGUUAUCAGCUAAUCCACUGCAAUCGCAACCUGACAUGCGAUAUUGACGAUUCACCUCCUCCUAAAUUGGAACCGCCUACAAACCCUCCUCCUUAUUCAGCAGUGCACACAGUGAUACCCUGCGGAUGGAACUAUUCUAGCGAUAUAAACAGUAGUGAGCAAAGUCUUGAUCUCACCACUGACCCACCACCAUAUGAACUUGCCAACUCCUUUGCUGAUUCUCACAAUGAGAAAAAAGAGGAUGCGACGGCAAAUACCUCCUGCAGACCAUCGCCAUCACCUCGACAAAAUUCGGAAACGGCAAGGAAGUUGUUGCGAGCCACUGAUUCGUUGCUCACUAAAAAUUCCCAAAAGUUGCAGAAAAAAGAGAUUCUUAGCCCGAUUGUUUCCAGAUCCGUGCGCCUGCUGGAUUCUGUAUCGGACUCAUCAGAUGCGGAUGAUUCAUCAUGGAGUAGCCCAGUGAGAAGUCCGUUUUUGGAAAACGAACCAAGAAAUCAUCUCAAUGGGUCCCCUGAACAACAUAUAUUCCACUCAGGAAGACGGGAGUCGAUUGAAACAUUAAUCGGCAGUGUCAACGCGCAGCAGGUUCCCAAUCUUGAGAGUCUCAUUUUACUAUAUCAAGAAUCGAAUGGAGUAAAUCCAAAAUCAAGCAAAUUUGACAGGAAUGGGAUAGCAAAAAUGAUACAGUCAAAGGAUGUUGAACGCAACAGUGAUUUGACUCCCUCCAUCGAGAUACCAUCCGCACCAAUGGCAUCAAUCGAGGAGGAAAUGGCAAUCAGUCAAAUUACAGCAGCAUCGUGA